AUGAUUGAACAAGUCCAUACUGAUGCAUCGAUUGCAAGUAUAACGGAAGUACUGCGGCCAGAUACAAGUUGGGAUUGCACCAACCAUACCAACACAAACAACUCCAAUUCGCACUUGCAAUCCCCCAGCAGUGAGGAUAACAUUCAAGAGGAUGAUGAAGAGGAGGAGCAUGUGGAUGAAAUCGAAACGGAUCAAUACGAUGAAGAUGCAAAUAAAUUCAGCAAUGCAAUUAUGAAUGCUAUGACGACAAUGUCACCAACUUUAAACAACAACUAUAACAAUAGCAAUAGCAAUAGCAAUAGUAAUAGCAAUUUGAGCAACCCUACCAACAUAAAAUUUAAUAGUAGCAACAAUGGCAGCAACAACACUAACAACAAUGGUAUUCAUAAUAAUGAUAGCAAUUUUAAUGAGCAGCUGUCAUCUCCCACAGCAGAAACUUCAACAAAGUCGUCAACGUCAAAUAAGAUUAAUUCCAUACCAACAUCCGCAACAGUUUCCGUUUCCGCAAAUGUUUCCGCUUUACAAAAUAUUAAUCUUGAUAAUUGUAAUGCAAAUGUGAAUGUGAAUGCUACCAAAAAACACGCAAGCAACAAUACCACAAAUCCCUCUACCCCAACUCAUAAUACACCAACAAAACCAACAACCAAUAUCGACAAUUUUAAUUCCUUGAAUGCUAACAACAUGCUCAAUCGCAAUCAAACUUCAAAUACAAAUCAAAAUCAGAACGAAAUUCUAAAUCAAAAUCAUAAUCAAAAUCAGAAUCAAAAUCAGAAUCAGAAUCAAAAUCGUAAUCGAAUUCAAAAUUCACAUUCAAUACAAAAUCAGAGCCAGAAUCUAAUUCAGAAUCAAAAUCAAAACAUUUCCUCCAGUUUAGAGAUAAUCCUUUCGCCAAUUAUUCAAAGUAGUCGACGGUAA